AUUCAGAAAAUUACAGAAGUACAUUGUAUAUAUUUCCACAAUCCACAUUUAUAUGAGAGUGAUCUUAAAUUUAUAAGUAUAUGACAUUCAAAUAUUACUAGUCGGCAGCCAAUAGCCGCAUCCGCAACAACCACAUUUUGUUUACGUUUAUUGCCUCGUCUCGUAAGACAUAGUGUAUGUCAUAUUUUAAAUUUUCUUGUCAUUUUCAAAUUCGAGUAUGAUAAUAUUUAAUGUUACUAAUCUUAUUACAAUUAUUUAAAAAUUCAUUUGCUCAUUUAUUAAACUUUCUAAUUAGCUUAAUAUGUAUAUUACCAUAAUUAUAAAUAAUAAACUAGUAAAUCACGUCUAGUACAUCAUUGUUACACUAUUCAUAUGAGUGAUUAUACAAUAUAAUAAUUCUAUUACCUUGAUUUACCAAAAUCAUGAAAGUUACUAUGUUCAAUGAAAAUGAUUGUAUACUCUUAGUUGGAGAAGGCAAUUUUUCAUUUUCUGUUGCACUGUUCCAUCUCAAUUUAAAAAUUAAUAUUACUGCAACAUGUUACGAAGCUAAUGUUGAUCAAGAGCUUGGAAAGAAAAACAUAGAAUAUUUAAAAAGUAAUGGAGUUUGUGUAUUAUUAGGUGUUGAUGCAACAAAUUUAAAAGAACAUCCAAUAUUAAAAACAAAAUUAUUUAACAAAAUUAUUUUUAACUUCCCUCAUGUUGGUGGUAAAAUGAGAAUAGAAAAAAAUAGGGAAUUAUUAAGACAAUUCUUUAUAAGUGCGUCAGAAAUAUUAAAAAGCAAUGGUCAAGUAUUAGUUACUCUAUGCAAUGGUCAGGGUGGUACAGCUAUUGACAACCCACCAAGACGUUGGGAUGAUUCAUGGAAAAUCAUAGAAAUGGCAGCAUAUGGAAAUUUUGUACUAACAGCAAUUGAACCAUUUGUAUGGUCAUCUUUUCAAAGUUAUAUAGUAACUGGAUAUCGCAGUUUGGACAAACAAUUUCAUUCUGCUGGGGCUUUAACUCACAUAUUUAUAAAAUCUAAACCACCAACUGCUAAGAACAUUGCACCUAAAAAGAAAAUAAACAUUCUAGAAUGCAAUCGUAAUAAUUUUUCAUGGAAAGAUAUAAGUCAAAUUACAAACAUAUCGCAUAUAAAUGCAACUAAUAUAGAUACUCGUACAUAUGCAUUUGAUAUAACUUUUGGUGUUAAGGAAGAAUUUAAUCCAAUUAAAUUUUAUGUUUUAUUAUAUAAUCAUGCAGGACAUAUUAUAAAUGAUGUUAAUUUCUUAAAGUUAUAUGAAUCAGAAGGAAAAGUAGAAAAAAGAACUUAUAGAAUAAGUUAUAAAUCUAACCAUUUACCUUUAUAUAGAGAAAGAGUUAUUAAUAUACACCAAAAUUUAAUAACAAAUAUUUUGGAAAAUAAUUUAAAUGUUGUGGUUGGAAGAUAAUGUUAUUACAUAUGUGAAAUGUACACAUAUAAAAA